GAGAAAGGGAGGGCGGGGGCAAGGGCCAGGCCACAGAGUGGCGGGGCCCGCAGAGAGCCGUAGCUCAGAAGAAAGAUGAGACGAAUCCAGCGAGAUUAUGGAAGAGUGUAGCCACAUGCAAAAGCAGUUGGAUUUACAAAAUGGUAGCACCGAGGAAGGAUUUGUAGUGCAAUCCCUGGACACAGAUUCCCAAAAUAUGAUGGAGAGCCUAAGCCCCAAAAAAUAUUCUUCCAGCCUGAAAUUUAAAGCCAAUGGAGACUAUUCUGGUUCAUAUUUAACCCUCUCACAACCCGUGCCUGCUAAGAGGAGCCCUUCUCCUUUGGGCACCAAUGUCAGGAGCAGCCCCUCCUUGACCAAAAUCCAGGGGAGCAAGCAGUUCUCUGAUGAAACCGACAGGAGUAUGUCCAUGAAGCCUCCCACUCCCGUCCUCAGUACUACACACUCCCUCAGUGGAUAUCCACUUGGAAGGGCAGAUUUUGAGCAUUAUACUGGCCGGGACACUGAAAGGUCCUCGAGACUUUCAGAGAAACCUCCCUAUUCUAAAUACAGCUCUAGGAAUAAAUCCCAUGAUAAUGUCUACUUUUUUGGAGGACUGGAAGGACGAAAGGCAUCUGGCUCACUCCUGGCCAUGUGGAAUGGAGGUUCCCUGAAUGACAGUGGGCCCCCUCCCAUCAGCAGAUCUGGGGCAGCUAGCAUGCCUUCAAGCCCAAAGCAAGCCAGGAAAAUGAACAUUCAGGACAACCUGGCACUUCAGCCCAAGUUAACCCGCCACAAGGAACCUGCGUCUGAAAAUGUCAGUUUAAGAACUAGGAAGUAUUCAGGCAGCAGCCUAAGCCACAUGGGAGCCUACAGCAGAUCGCUUCCCAGGUUGUACAAAGCCACAGAGAACCAGCUGACACCUCUCAGCUUGCCUCCAAGAAAUUCUCUAGGCAAUUCCAAACGAACCAGACCAGGGGAAAAGGAUCUACCUCAUAGCAUGAUAGACAAUGACAAUUACCUUAAUUUUUCCUCUCUAAGCUCAGGGGCUUUACCUUAUAAAACCUCUGCAUCUGAGGGCAUUCCUUAUGCAAGUUCCACCCUCAGUGUACCUGCCAGUCCUCGGGUGGCUCGGAAGAUGCUUCUGGCCUCCACCUCCUCCUGUGCCUCUGAUGACUUUGACAGGGCUCUAUUCUCGGGGACCAGCCCAAGCCAUUCAUUUCCUACUGUGGAAAUAGACAGAGUGUUCGUGGCCAGGAGGAACUUCUCUUGUGGCUCUGUGGACUUCGAUGACACUGACUUGGACAGCCUCAGACAGGCCUCAGGGACCCCCCAGCCUGUCCUUCGGGAAAGGAAAAGCAGCAUCAGCUCCAUUUCAGGACGUGAUGACCUCAUGGAUUAUCAUCGGCGACAGAGGGAGGAAAGAUUGAGGGAGCAGGAGAUGGAGCGAUUGGAGAGACAGCGUCUGGAGACCAUCCUCAGUCUCUGUGCUGAGUACACAAAGCCUGACAGUCGCUUGUCCACAGGCACGACCGUGGCAGAUGUGCAGAAAAUCAACAGGGAACUUGAAAAGCUGCAGAUCUCCGAUGAGGAGUCCGUGUUUGAAGAAGCCCUGGUGUGCCCUGACACAAGAUACAGGUGUCACCGGAAGGGCUCUCUCCACAAUGCGGAUUUGGCGGGCUUUGGGAGCCUCAGUCAGAGCAGUGCCAGCUUCCUUGCCCCCAGGAACAUCAGGAACGAUGAACUGCUUGGCGACCUCACCAGGACUCCCCCAACACCCCCGUCUGCCUUUCUGAAAGCUUCCAGCGAGUCCUCCUACCUAAGUAUCUUACCAAAGACCCCAGAAGGGAUAAGCGAAGAACAGAGGACUCAGGAGUUAGCCGCAAUGGAAGAUGCCAGAAUCACAAUUCUGAACAACCUUGAAGAACUUGAACAAAAAAUCAAAGAUAUAAAUGACCAGAUGGAUGAAUCCUCCAGAGAGUUGGAUAUGGAAUGUGCUCUUUUGGAUGGAGAGCAGAAAUCUGAAACAACUGAACUUAUGAAGGAGAAGGAGAUUUUGGAUCACCUAAACCGGAAAAUAGCAGAACUGGAAAAGAACAUUGUUGGUGAAAAGACCAAGGAGAAGGUAAAGCUUGAUGCUGAAAGGGAAAAACUAGAGAGGCUUCAGGAGCUUUACUCCGAGCAGAAGACCCAGCUGGACAAUUGUCCUGAGUCCAUGAGGGAACAGUUACAACAACAACUGAAGAGGGAUGCUGACCUGUUGGAUGUUGAAAGCAAACACUUUGAAGACCUAGAAUUCCAGCAGCUUGAGCAUGAGAGCCGUCUGGAUGAGGAAAAGGAGAACUUGACCCAACAGCUCCUACGUGAAGUGGCUGAAUAUCAGCGGAACAUAGUCAGUAGAAAGGAAAAAAUUUCUGCACUGAAAAAACAAGCCAAUCACAUUGUUCAGCAGGCUCAGAGAGAACAAGACCAUUUUGUAAAAGAAAAGAAUAAUUUAAUAAUGAUGCUACAAAGAGAAAAGGAAAAUCUUUGUAAUUUGGAAAAGAAAUACUCCAGCCUUUCUGGGGGAAAAGGGUUUCCUGUUAACCCCAGUACGCUCAAAGAGGGCUAUCUCAGUGUAAGUGAAAUUAAUGAGCCAUGUGGCAAUUCCACGAAUCUGUCCCCUUCCACUCAGUUCCCUGCUGAUGCUGAUGCUGUUGUCACUGAGCCCGCCUCAGCUGUGCCGGUGAGCCAGCCACAGAGUACGGAGCACUUUAGAAGUCUGGAAGAGAGGAAAAAACAACAUAAAGAAGGCCUCUAUCUGAGUGACACUUUGCCUCGAAAGAAAACCACACCUUCCAUCUCCCCACAUUUCAGCAGUGCUACAAUGGGGAGAAGCUCCACCCCAAAGGCUCACCUGCCUCUGGGACAGAGCAACAGCUGUGGCAGUGUGCUCCCUCACUCGCUGGCAACCAUGACCAAAGACUCAGAAUCUCGGAGGAUGCUCAGAGGUUAUAAUCACCAGCAGAUGAGUGAAGGACAAAGGCAGAAAUCCGAAUUUUACAACCGCACAGCAUCUGAGUCAAAUGUGUACUUGAAUAGUUUCCAUUAUCCAGACCACAGCUACAAGGACCAGGCCUUUGACACUUUGAGCCUGGACAGCUCUGACAGCAUGGAGACCAGCAUCUCUGCCUGCUCACCCGACAAUAUCUCUAGUGCCAGCACUUCAAAUAUUGCUAGAAUAGAAGAAAUGGAGAGGCUGUUGAAACAGGCUCAUGCCGAAAAGACACGGCUGCUUGAAUCCAGGGAACGGGAAAUGGAAGCCAAAAAACGAGCUCUGGAAGAAGAAAAACGACGCCGAGAACUCCUAGAAAAACGAUUGCAGGAAGAAACUAGCCAGAGGCAGAAGUUAAUAGAGAAGGAAGUGAAAAUAAGGGAGAAACAAAGGGCACAGGCUCGUCCUUUGACACGUUAUCUACCUGUCCGGAAGGAAGACUUUGAUUUGCGGAGCCACGUAGAAACUGCUGGCCACAAUAUUGAUACCUGUUAUCACGUAUCCAUCACAGAGAAGACCUGUCGAGGAUUCCUUAUCAAAAUGGGUGGAAAAAUUAAAACUUGGAAAAAACGUUGGUUUGUUUUUGAUCGGAAUAAGAGAACAUUUUCUUAUUAUGCAGACAAGCAUGAAGCUAAAUUAAAAGGAGUAAUAUACUUUCAAGCCAUUGAAGAAGUAUAUUAUGAUCACCUUAAGAAUGCUAAUAAGAGCCCUAAUCCAUUACUCACCUUUAGUGUCAAGACGCAUGACAGAAUCUAUUAUAUGGUGGCCCCAUCACCCGAAGCCAUGCGGAUCUGGAUGGAUGUGAUAGUUACCGGAGCAGAAGGAUACACUCACUUCUUGUUGUAGUGAAUAGAAGAAAUCGUCCACUUCAGGGCAGACUGCAAUAAUCCCAUACAAGAAUGAAGCCAUAUGCAAUCUCAGAUGGAAUGACCUGACACACCCCUCCUUUAACUGUACAUGCUCAGAACUCUUUUCUUAUUGGGAAGUCUUUUGUAAAGAGAAAGAAGAAGCUUAAUUCAAAGUUUGAUCAUACAUAGCAAAAGAAUUAAAGUUCCUGUGAGAAACACUAUUUUGAUAAAUAUCACAUAUGAACAUUUCAUAUGAACUAUUUUUAUCAAUUGUUGGUUUUGGUGAAAUGAAUAACAGUUUACAAAAUGUCUGUAUAUAUGUACUUGGAAAUAUGGAAUUAUUUUAGCAUCCAAAUCAUUGCCAUUGACAUUACUGGUAAUCAACUGACUUUUUUAAAAAACAGCAUUUUAUAAAUACAAGCAAAUAAGGGCUUGGAGGAGAAUGUCCUUUAAGAAUUUUGCCUUAAUUUUUAAGUACUGCACCAAAACCAAAGACUUGGCAUGACUUCUAUUUAACAGUAGUAGUUUCAAGUAGUGAACUGCACUUGGUGUUGCUCUAUAUUUUAAAAUGAUAUUUUGAUGCCAUUAAGUGCCGUGGAAAUUGACAUUGCAAUGUCAUCAUCAGUAUAAGCUAUGGAACAUAUAUAGUAAGCCAUUUAUUAUAAAAGAAGAAAAAAAAGCUGUGUGUUUCAGAAAAAAAAAGCUCCUGUAGACAACAGACAUUCUCUCAUAUUGGACAAUUUUAAAUAAAGAGAACAUUUGAUGUUA